AUGGAAAAUACAUGGAAAUGUAUGAAGAGGUCCUCUUUCCUCACCUUGUAUAUAUCAAUGUUCUUGUUUCAACUUUAUGUUUCACCUACACAAGGAGAUGAACAAGGAUGUCCAUUGAACUUCACAUCACUGCCUUAUCAACCAAGUGGAAAUUGCAUAGACGGUCAAAGCCAGCUCAAACUCAGAUCAUGGGGAAUUCUCACCACAACCUUAUGUUGUCAACCUGCUCUAACCCGAAUCUCCAAAUCUCUUGCAAGAUUAAUAUCAACUAAUUCAUCAAACCUUUCAAUCUUUCUCGAAUCCAAUCAAUGGUCAAAUUGUAAUAACAACUUUCAAGAACAAGAGAAAUCUGUGACUUUUGGUGAAUGUAACUUCAAAAACUUCUACAAAGAAUACACCUCUUGUUCAGCGCUUACCAUAGACGAUUUGAAGAAGUAUCCAGAGUUUAAUGAAGCAAGUGCAAUAUGCAGCAAAUUUGAGCAAUCUAACGAUUCUUAUGAUGAGCACUGUAGGGAAUGCAGCCGUAAGGUGUUGAAGGCUAAAAAUUCAUUGGUGAAGGGAUUCGAAACAAAUAGGACUGAAACAGAUGGUGAGGUUUGUGGAGUUUCUGUCGUGACUGCUCUUGCCUCUGAGUUAUGGAACGAGAGCUCCUUUGCUGCUGUUGAUGAUUUUUACGAGUGUUUGCAUGUUUUGGAUGUGCAUGAUUCCAUAUUUCAGACGCUAUUAGGGAUCAUUCUGGCUAGCAUGGGGCUUAUUCUCGUGAUUGUGCUGGUGAAAUACGUCACAAGAAAGAGAAUGAAAGAAAACAAAUCUGAUCAAUCUUACACCAAAGAGACUCCCACAGCUUGGUCUGGCUUGUAUAGUUUCUCCAAGGCCGAAAUAGAGCACGCCUUGAACUUCUCAGAUGAAAAGAAAUGCCUUGGUCGUGGAAGUGCUGGUGAGGUUUAUAAAGGGAUUCUACCAAGUGGACAAGCCGUUGCUAUCAAGCAAAUAAGUAAUAAAAAUAACGCUGACUCUUUCACUAGGGAAGUUGAAGGUCUUUCUAGGAUUCGCCAUCCCAAUCUUGUAUGUUUGUUCGGAUGCUGUGUUGAAGAUGGUGAACAGUAUUUGGUGUAUGAGUAUUGUCCUUCAGGAAAUCUUGCCCAACAUCUCUUGAGAAGGGACAGCGUUUUAACCUGGGAGAAAAGAGUAAAGAUUUUAAGAGAUUGUGCACUUGCUAUUCGAUUUCUCCAUCAUUACAUAGAUGGAUGCAUCGUUCACAGAGAUAUUAAGCUCACCAACAUUCUCCUUACGGAGAACAUGGAACCAAAGCUCUCUGACUUUGGAUUGGCAAAAGUUCUAGGGAUGGAAGAGAGUAAAGUUUUCACAGAUGUUAGGGGAACCAUUGGCUAUAUGGACCCUGAAUACAUGAGCAACGCCAAAUUGACUUGUGCUAGUGAUAUCUACAGUUUUGGCAUUGUUGCCCUUCAACUUCUUUCAGGUCAAAAAGUCAUUGAACUCGAUCUUGAAGCCAGAGACCAACUGACAAGAAAGGCAAAGGAUGUGAGCAUGGGAAGACGCCCACUCACAGAUAUCGAAGAUCCAAGACUAAAUGGGAACUUAAACACUGUAGACUUUGAAUCCAUACUACAGGUUGCAGUGCUAUGCGUAGCCAAAUCAAGCAAAGGUCGGCCAACAAUAGAUGUUGUGUUUGGGGAGAUGGACAAAGCAUGGCAAAACACUUUAGCGGAUAUGGGGCAGAUGCUCUUAGAAAAACUAGGUAACAAGGAUAAGGGUCAAAUGGGUUGA